AUGAUUGCUUCAUGUAAAAGUUAAAUUAAAGUGUUUGAAUUUAAGUCAGGAAUGUUCAAAUAUGUGGAAAUUUUAAGUGAACAUAGUUAAAAUGUUUAUACUUUAAAUUUUAUGAAGAGAUCAGAUCAAUUUAUAUCUGGAAGUGAAGAUAAAUCAAUUAUAAUAUGGAUAAGAAAUCAAAAUAAUAAAUGGAUUUCCUAGUAGAAAUUGAAUGGACAUGCAGGUGAUAUCUAUUGUUUACUAUUAAAUAAUAAUGAAAUCUGA